AUGAGGAAACGGCUGCUGUAUGCACACAUGAACACACAGGUGUGCGGCAAGUCGUUCAACUCGCGGGACAACCGCAACACGCACCGCUUCGUGCACAGCGACAAGAAGCCGUGCGAGUGUCUGGUCUGCGGAGCUGGCUACAUGAGGAAACGGCUGCUGUAUGCACACAUGAACACACAGGUGUGCGGCAAGUCGUUCAACUCGCGGGACAACCGCAACACGCACCGCUUCGUGCACAGCGACAAGAAGCCGUGCGAGUGUCUGGUCUGCGGAGCUGGCUACAUGAGGAAACGGCUGCUGUAUGCACACAUGAACACACAGGUGUGCGGCAAGUCGUUCAACUCGCGGGACAACCGCAACACGCACCGCUUCGUGCACAGCGACAAGUAG